AGCAGUGUACAAAUGACAAAUUAAAUUACGACGUUGGUAAAAUGAUUAUCAAUAAUAUACAAACUUGUGAAAAACAAUUGGCCGUAUUUCAUUGCAAGAAAAGCGUAUAUCGAAAGAGGAAGUAUAAAACAAAUGGAAUUACGCGUCGUGUAUAUGCAUGUUAUCAUCAAAUCGUAAAAUACUGCAGGAUUUGAUCAAUAUAGAAAGUAAAGUGAAUUAUCAUUGUUUUCAUUUUUAUUUCCGGAUUGUGUUUGAUUCCAGUUGACAAAGGAUCCCGACAUGUCUCUUUCGAAACCACUGCUGGUUGCGGCCAUAGAUUUUGGUACUGCGUACUCGAGUUGGGCGUAUUCUUUUCUUCAUGAAUACGAAAAUGAUCCAACACAGAUAUCCGAAAAACAGUGGCAGGGAUAUGAAUCGGCGAAGGGACCAACAACGGUUUUGAUAAAGCCCGACGGAAGAACCCUUGAGGCAUUUGGAUUUGAGGCGGAGACAAGAUAUACAGAACUGAUAGACAAUGAGGAGCAUGAUUCGUACUAUUUCUUUAAAAGAUUUAAAAUGAAAUUGUGGAACAAGAAAAUCGAACGGGAUAUGCUUAUAGAGGACGAAAACAGUCGUCAUCUAUCUGCAAAAACUGUAUUCGCACUAGCAAUCAAAUGGCUCAAGGACGACCUUUGGCGAGUUUCAAACGACAGAAUUUCUGGCAAAAUACGAGAGAAUGAUAUACACUGGGUGUUGACUGUGCCAGCAAUCUGGGAUAAUGCUGCCAAGCAGUUUAUGAGAGAAGCCGCUAAACAGGCUGAUAUCGAGGAAACAAGGCUUACUGUCGCUCUAGAACCAGAGGCAGCGUCACUGUUUUGUCGCCACCUACCGGUUGAAAGAAGCGGAAAUGAAACGUCGCUCGGAAAGCUGAAAUCUGGACAGAAAUAUCUGGUUUUGGACGCAGGAGGUGGCACAGUAGACAUCACCGUUCAUGAAGUAUUGCACUCGAUGGACGUCAAGGAAGUGUAUAAGGCGAGCGGUGGUGCGUGGGGUGGAACUAAGGUCGACGAAGCCUUCAAAGACUUUAUGAAUGAAAUUGCAGGGUUUGACGCCAUCGCCGAUUUAAAGCGAAAACACCUGGAUGAUUACAUUGACAUGUUUCAUCGGUUCGAAAACAAGAAGCGGGUCAUUUCCCCAGACAAGGACAGCAAGACGGUUUUAUCCCUUCCUGAGUCGCUCCGUUCCUUGAUCGAGACAAGACAGGGACGAGCCUUGAAAGACCUCAUCAAGGACACAUCUUACUCGACUUCGGUGUCAAUGACAAACGAGAAGGUCAAGAUCGACGCAAGCGUUGCCAGACGUUUUUUCGAUACAUCUGUUUCAAGUACUGUUGAACACUUGACGGAAGUUCUACGCAUGCCAGUGAACAGAGGUGUUGAAGCGAUUUUAAUGGUAGGCGGAUUUUCCGAAUCGCCUAUGCUUCAACACGCUGUUAGCAAAGGGUUCGAAGCUCUGAAAAGAAUCGUACCGCAGCAUGCUAGCCUGGCAGUACUGAAAGGAGCUGUGAUAUUUGGACACAACCCCAACGCUAUCACAGAACGUAUUAGCAAACUGACAUACGGUGUUAAUACAACUUAUCCAUUUGAUGAAGCAAAACAUGAUCCAGCAAAAAAAAUAUUCUACAACGGAGAAGCCAGAUGCGAUGAUAUUUUUUCUAAGCAUGUAGAAAUUGGACAAAAACUUAAGAUUGGUGACGCACAGUCUACAAAUAGAUAUCAUACACUAACCACAGAGCAAACAUCGGCCGACUUUUCAAUUUUUACCACAUAUCAAAAGGAUCCCAUGUAUACCACAGAUCCAGGGUGUACUAGGGUUGGCAACCUUAGUGUCCCUAUAUCCGGCAGCGGAUUAGACAGAUGGGCCAGUGUAAGGUUCAUCUUUGGAGGAACGGAAAUUGACGUUGAGGCAACAGAAGAAUCAACAGGAAAGGUUCAUCACUUGAAGAUCGACUUCCUGGUGUAAACUGAACAUUUUUUGUCUUGAUUGCAAUUUAAGUUUUUAAUAGGAGGCUGAAGUAACUAUGUUAUGAAGUAUAAAUUGUGUGUUUCACAGACUGUAUAGCUGACGUGUUUCGAAAGUGUUUUUAUUUAGAUAUCAUUAUGUUUCUUACUGAAAUAUGAAGGAAUCGUAUAAUUUAGAUACCGCAACUGACUCUCGAAAAUUUAAAUUGACUUUUAAGCAAAAUUUAUAGUUCGAUAUUACUUAGACAAUAUAAUGACAUUUUAAAAAUAAAGGAAUCAAUCAUAAACAAUCUGAAUGUUUAGCUUUUAUUGUUCAGUCAGAUAAAAAAAUAAUUAUAUUUUUGUAUUUACUUUUCAAAAUGUAGUGCUGUGUUUCAACGUAUUUAUUCCAUAAAUGAUUUAUCAUUGAUAGCUUCAAGGUCAAAACAUUUCAUCCAAUUGUACAGGUUUACAUAAAAAGAAACAAGGAUUCUGCCAGCUGGGGCAACAGUAUGUGAGUUUUUGUGCAUUUUAUUUUCUAUACAUUACUUUAAUGUUGCUUAAAAUUUAUUGCAAUUGUAAAAAAAAAUUGUAUAUUGAUAAAUGAAAUUAAUGAGUUUGUAUAUUGACUUUCUGCUACAAAAUAUUGUAUGUGUACGUUUUUGUUAUCCGAAACAAAUGAGCUAAACAUGCGAGUAACAAUGUAAACAAUUGAUUUCAUAUAUGUGUUGUAUUGUAUACACAUUUUUAUACGUGUAUUUGCAUUUGUGUUACCACGCUAUAAUGCUCUGAUCAAUUAAUUUUGAACCGGAGGCACGUAAACUAUGAUUGUAUAUAUGCUUAUGAUAACUUUUUUAUCAAAUUUAUUAUAGGCUAACAUCAGAGCAUGUUAUCCGUUACCGGUUUGCUUGGGAAAUUUCUAACAAUCAAUUUAAAAAGGUUUUGUGUUGUUGUUCCAUGAUUCUUGUUUGUGAUUUUUUGCUUUUGUGUUAUAUGUCUUUUAUAUGCAUUUACCCAGUGCCAUUAAACGGGGUUUAUGUUAAAACUUUUGGCUAAUGAGCUUGUUUCUGUAGUUUUUCACAUACGUACUAGUAUGAAAGUCCGCACGGAUGUGUGUCAAUAUUUACUUUCUGUAUAAUUAUUGUUAGGGUGAACGUUUUGAUAUAGGUUAAUUCCUGUGAGUUCGAUGACUGUACACAAUUAUGUGUAUUACUAACACAUUAUCAGAAUUCGUGUUUCUGUUCCCAAUGUUAAGAUAAUCCAUGCAGUAUUUAUAACACAAGGAAUAAUAGAGCGACGUUUUUGAAACCACUUUAUGCACCAGUCAUUUGUAACCACGGCCCCCAGGUCCGGGGAAUAGCAGGGACUUUGACUUUUGGUCCAGCCAAUCCCGGGCAAAGUCUCCGUCAAUCUGCUGGUAAAACUCCCGCCAAAUGCCCCCGCACCCAAGGGACCUUAGAUAAGGCCAAUUUUCCGCUACAUUUGGCGUGAAGACAAAACCACCGCAGUCACCGGGCACUGCGGGGUCACAUGGAAAGUAUAAACACGGUCAAUUUCCCCGGCUAUCCCCGGUAUACCCUCGGACCUGGGGAUACACUAUAAAGUUAUGAAAAGUCCUCAAUCAUAUCAACAUUAUAACAUAUUCAACAAUAUAGAUUGAUGAAUAGAGAGAUGGAUUUGAUUUGACCAACACUGCGUUAUGGAAUGUUAGUCUGCAUUGUUAAUUCUUGUUCUAUAUUAUCCAUUUAUAUCGAAUGUUAAUUGUAUAUUUAGUGUUUAAUGUCGUUCACUUGGCAGUUUUUUGACAAGAAAUAAUAUGUAUUAAAAAGAAUAGUAUUAACAUGUUCACAGUGAUACAUGACAUUUUAAUAAAAUGCGUAAUGAAGUUAAGAAAAAUGUCGUAGACUGGGCAGUUAUUUUACAAGAAAUAAUAUGUAUUAAAAUAUAGUAUUAACAUGUUCACUGUGAUACAUGACAUUUUCAUAAUAUAUGUUAUGAGGUAAAACAAAUGCAAUACAAAAAGAAAACAAAUGUAUAAAAUACUCAGCUUCUAAAUUGCACACACCAAUAACUGUCUAGUUGCACUGUUUUGUUGUAUUGGAAAGCUAUUUACAACCAUGUUAAAUAUUAGACUCCUAAAUUACAUGUAUGUUGAAAAAAAUGAUACACAUAAGUGUUCGACGAUAGACAAUAUGUUUGUUUCAAAAAUGCACAUUUCUACUGACUACGCAAAACGUUUUGUGUGCAUGCAAAGACCUAAAAGCUGCUUGAAGAAGUUUGUAAAGCUAAAGAUCAUAUUGCGAAACAAUCAACACAAUCUAUGUUUUCUUGUUUCAUUAAAAAGCAAAUCAAUUAUGUUUAUCUACUGACUAAAAAAAUAGUUCUUUUAAAACAAAAAAAAUAUAAAAUUUUGUUUGUUUUAAUAAAAAGGUUGGGCUAUAGUAGUAAUUAUAUAUUAAAGGAAUAUGAGAAAAAAUGAAACAUGUACAAAUAAUGUAACAAGUAACACGAUAGAUUGUAUGGUUUAUAGAGCAAAGGUAUAAAAUCAUUACAAAUAGAUAUCGAUACACAAAUGAUUAGUUCUUGGUCAAAGCUAAUAAUCCCAUCUUGUACAUAACUUCCAGUGUCUGUGUUGAAUGCGAUAUUUAGAAGAUAUAUGUAUAUGAUAACAAAAGUAGAAGGAAUAAACUCCAAUGGUUAAAACAAAUCACAUCUAUAUUUAUAAAAUACGAUAUGAUUUAUAUCAGAGAAAGUACUGAAUUUCCAAAUACUGAAUGGCUAAAGAUGUAGAUUUUGCGAAAAAAAACUGUUUUAGUGAUUUAUUACACUAGGUUUUAAAUGUAACUUUUUUGCUGAGUAUAGAAACAGAUUUAUUGAAUUAUUGAUUGACGAUCAUUUCGGUCUACAAAUGUAUAAAAUUUCAGAAAUAUUUCAGACCAAACCUGAUGAUAACAAUAUCAAAUUAAUUAUAUCAUGUAAAUUCCUGAAGCAUAUUGUUGUUCACUUUAGUUUGAGAAAUGAAAAAUAAUGUGUUUUACCCUUGGUAAAUAUUUGAUUGACUCUUCAUACUGGGUAUCAGUAAGUUGAUAUUUGUAAUUAUCUAAAUGUAACUCAUAAUAAUGAAUCAUAAAGUGUUUACUGAUUUAUUUUUUAUGUUUAUUGUGUAAAGUGUUUUCAAUGCCUUAAUGUUCUCAUGUUUUUGUCAUGUAUUUGUAACAUGAGUUUAGAUGAAAAAAAGUGUAGAUGUGUCGAACGCUUUACAUGUUGUCCAUAAGUUCUAUGUUGGAAGCCUGUCAAUAAAGUCAUUGAUUAUAUAUA